UGGUCGAACACUGAAUCGAUUUGUCUUCUUCUUGCUCGCAUUUUCUCAGCUGAGUUCGCUGUCAGAAUCGAACGCUUCACUGGAACGACGCAAUACAUAGGGCAGCGGCCGAUAAAAAACAACCACAAAAGCGAAAUCUGCAAACAACAACAAAAUAGUUGAGGUAGCAGCAGUGGCAGUAGCAGAGAAGCCAGCCAACGGGCAACGAAAACGAAAAGCUAGCUGCUCCGUGCGGUUGCGGACGGACGGGACGGCGAAAAAUCGAAUAACGAAUCGGUCGCAAAGGCGAAAGGCAAAAGGCAGUGAAACGGCAAGACGAAGAAUCGGUGCGUCGCCAGAGGGCAUUAAAGAGAAGUUGGAUAAACUCGGUAAAAAUCUGUGCACUGUGCAAAAGGUCGUAUCAGCAUAAUUAUCGAUUGACUAGGGGAAUAGCUCCUGGAAGAAAAGGCAACAAAAUUCUGCGAAAACAGCGUAAAAGUAAAAAAGCUGCGUUCGCAUCGAGGAAGAACGAAACAGAAGCGGUUGGAGCACGAGCAGGAGAAGGAGCUGGUGGCAGCAGUAGAGUAAAGAGUGGAAAUAGUAGCAGGGACGGCCGGUGUGCUGUUGAUUCGAGAGCUGAAGGUGCCGGUGUUGGUGUUAGUGUGUGCAUUUGUAGUGGUGAUAAUAGUGCUGGUGUCGUUGGCGUUGACGUACAGUGCACCGAACACGAAUAUUGUAGAAAGACAGAAAGGGGUAGUCGUAGUGACAGUAAAAGUGCACCAGAAGGUGCUGCCGCGGCUUCGACAACGAGGCAUACUGGAGGAGCAGUCACUGGGUGUAAAUCAGGUGGUGCGGGUAGAACGGUAACAGCAUCAGCUGAAACAGGAGCCGGUAGUAUAUGUGGUCGCAGCAGUGGUAGCGGCAACAGUAGUAAUAGUAGUAGUAUCAGAGCCAGCGCCGGCGCAGGCGCAGACCUAGAAGAAAAGCAGCUGACCGCAACGCCACCACUACGCAGGACACGCAGCCAACAACAGCUGCAAAAAGAAUACGCGAAAGGGCAGGACGAGGUGACCGGUAGAACUGGUGGCGCAGGUAGCAGCGGUGUUCGACGCACGGAAGCUGCUCCAGCAGCAGCGGGCGCUGUUGGCCAGGGCUGUGAGUUGACGACAACCAUGGCGGAGACGGGCUGCAAGCAUUUCCAGGCGUACGUGAAGGAGCAAAGCUUGGAUACAUUUCGCAUUAUUGAUGCAUACUUUUCGGCGUGUGUGAAUAAGGAUGCCCGAGAGAAAAAGGCGCUUUCCUGCUGUUGCUUCGAGUGUGGCAGCUAUGGGCUGCAAGUUUAUGCCUGCCUUCACUGCAUCUACUUUGGAUGCCGUGGCGCACACAUCGCUACACAUUUACGUGCGAAAAAGCAUGCAAUCGCGUUGGAGCUGUCACAUGGCACAUUGUAUUGCAAUUCUUGUCGUGAUUUCAUCUAUGAUAGCCGUUGCCGAGAGAUAGCGAUUGUCAAUCGACGUUUGGAAGCAAAAGACCUAAGUAAGAGUCUUAGUUGGCAGCCCUGGAUACCGACGCCAAAGGAGACAAAUUUACUGUUGGCUAACCCGCGACGUCGACAUGUGCGCGCUAACGAGACGAUUGGAUUACGCGGCUUAAUUAAUCUCGGUUCCACGUGUUUCAUGAAUUGCAUAGUGCAGGCAUUAAUACACACACCACUACUCUCUGAUUAUUUCUUAUCGGAGCGACACGAGUGCAACGCCAAGUCAUCAUUGAAGUGUCUCGUUUGUGAGGUUUCUCGGUUAUUUCAGGAAUUCUACAGUGGCUCUCGCUCACCAUUAUCUUUGCAUCGCCUAUUGCAUUUGAUCUGGAAUCAUGCAAAACAUUUGGCCGGCUAUGAACAACAAGACGCGCACGAAUUUUUCAUUGCCACGCUGGACGUGUUACAUCGCCACUGCAUUAAAGCAAAAACAGAGUGUGAAAGUGCCAAUAAGCAGAACAAUGCCACAUCGUCUGGUGGUAGUGGUACGGGUGGUGCAGGUGGCGGAAAUCAGCAUGUGAAUAGUAAUGCAAACUUGAAUAGCAACUGCCCGACGCAGUGUAACUGCAUAAUAGAUCAAAUAUUUACUGGUAUGCUGCAGAGUGAUGUGGUGUGUCAAGCGUGUAAAGGUGUUUCAACCACAAUUGAUCCGUUUUGGGAUAUAUCAUUAGAUUUGGGCGAGACGGCUCAUGGUGGCGCCACGCCAAAGACGCUAAUCGAUUGUUUGGAGCGUUAUACACGCGCUGAACACCUCGGCGAAUCGGGGAAAAUCAAAUGUUCCACCUGCAAAUCAUACCAGGAAUCAACGAAACAAUUUAGCCUGCGCACACUGCCCAGCGUAGCGAGCUUCCAUUUGAAGCGUUUCGAGCAUUCCACAUUGAUCGGCAAGAAAGUCUCCACGUUCAUCUCAUUCCCCGUUGAAUUUGAUAUGACACCAUUCAUGUCUGAGAAAAAUAAUGCUUAUGGAGAUUUUCGUUAUUCACUGUAUGCUGUAGUCAAUCACGUGGGCACCAUCGAUGCGGGCCACUAUAUUGCCUAUGUGCGACACCACAAGGAUACAUGGGUUAAGUGUGAUGAUCACAUUAUCACCACGGCGACGUUGAAACAGGUGCUGGACAGUGAAGGCUAUUUACUAUUUUACCACAAGAACAUUUUGGAAUAUGAAUAGACUGGUUAAACAUAAUAAUAAUAUUAAUUAUAAAAUACAACAACAAACUACUACUCUUAGUACUACAUACGACAACAAGAAGAAUACAAAUACAAAAGCGUACCACAUCAAACAACUACAUUUACAAAUACAAACAAAUAAUUAAGCUAUUAUUAAUAAAUGCCGUAAACAAACAGCUGAAGGUGGCCAACGAAGAAGCAGAGCAGCAAACAGUAAGCAUUGCUAAGGCAAUGCGAUCUAUACAUACCUAGCAAAGCAGACACCACUAACAAAAGUCCGAGGAGAAGAGAUAGAAGCAAAAGAAUUUUUGCAACUCUAGCUGAUUACGGAUCAUGUGUUCGCACUGUGAAGCGUUGGUGGGAUGUAUGACUCGGUGGUGGCGCAAGUGAAAACGCCACCGCUUAACAGCCUAAAGCACUUACAAUUUCCCGCAGUAGCAGCCGUGCUAAUAGCAGUAAUGAAAGCAGCAGUAAAUACACCUCUAAUGCUAAAUAUGGUUUAACAAAAGAAAACAAAAAUAGUAUAUAAAAUAUAUCUAAAUAAUUUUUAUUUAUUCUAAAAAAAAAAAUGAAAGAAAACAGAAACGAAAAACAAAAAAGUACUCGUUAGCCGCUUUUAUGGCGAUUUUAUUUACUUUCUUUCUUCCGUAACUGUUUGUCGAUGGUUUUAUUUCUCUUUUAAUAUUAGCUUCAUGCAGCAUUUUUUCUUAACGCGUUUCUGAAUUAACAAAUCUCUAUUGCUUUUAGUUUUCUUAUUUCAUUUCCCAUUAGUUUUCUUCUUUUUUUCGUUGUGCUGGCCAACGUUUUCCACUCUUUUUCGCGUAUUUUGUCUGGUGUGCACAAUCUGCUAAUUAUGCUAUCUUCGCCCUUUAUUACUGCGCACUCUACGCCGGUCUUUCACGGCCGACGUUUAUCGCAUAGUUGGCAGCGCUCGGGUAAAUUGACUGGACGCGUCAGUGGGCAACGGCCGCUGGCAUUAGAUGCGUGCGAGUGGCACUACAUCGGAUAUGAUGAAACUUUUUAAUGUUAAUCCUAAUUUUGCAAUUGGAAAAAAAGUAUUUGCAAAAUUUUUAAUAAAAAUCAUCGUCAGGUUUUAAAUUCGUAUUGACUAAUAACAAAACAAUUUAAUCGAUCGCUCUUCACCUUCUGCAUUAAAUUAUGCGUUUCUAAUGCAAUAAUUGAACUGUUGUUGGAACGUGGAUGUAACAAAAUAUAAAAUAUUUCUAUAUAUUCAUCCAAAUGCAAAAGCUGAUAAAGUCAAAUAAGUUGUUUUGUCGGAAUUCCACAUAUACGUGUUCGUAUAUAUUAUGUGCUUCCAUUAGUAAACAAUUUCAUAUCGCUACUUAAAAAUAGCCGUCAUGCUGCACACAUUUAUACAACAACAAAAAAGUGCAGUUCAAAUAAGUUUCAGUUAGUGAUGCCAAUUGCUGCCGAGCUUAGUCACCAACAUUCUACUUCACUUUUGUUUUUGUUUGUUAAUAUGUUUUAUAUUUUGUUUUGCCUUUAUUUUUCCUUUAUGUUUAUCUAUGCGUACAUACAUAUGUAUGUAUAUUAACAAUUCGUAGUAUUUGUAACAUUCACAAAUGUGUAAAUUGAAAUUAAUGAUUAUUUUUCCU